UGGAGCAUGCCGGGAGUUGUAGUCCGCACCCGCCUGGGUUGCGGUCUGCGUAUUAUGGCGGAUCACGCCGCGCUCCCGCGGUCUUCCGCUUGGCCCCAGAAAGUUUCGGUUCUGCCCAGCGGUGGACACACGAGCGCGAACAACUUGGGUGACUCGAGACUGGAAUGCCUUUAAACUUGAGGCAGAGGAAGCGUGUUGACUAGCUGUGAAAAUCACUGAUAGGAACUCAGAAUUUGGAGCAGUCGGCUGGAGCAGCCUCAGGCAGCCGAGCAGCCUCCUCCUUACCCUGCAGGUGCCACCAUGGAGCCUGACUUCUGCUGACCGGGCCCAGGCCCCAGGCCCCAGGCCGGAGGUGCUCAACCAGGACAGGCUGCCUGCAGCCAGCCGCCAUGGCUUCCACCGGGGCGGAAGGCCAGCUCCAGAGGAUCAUCCGCGAUUUACAAGAUGCUGUGACAGAACUAAGCAAAGAAUUUAAGGAAGCAGGGGAACCCAUCACAGAUGACAGCACCAGCUUGCAUAAGUUUUCUUACAAACUUGAGUAUCUCCUUCAAUUCGAUCAGAAAGAGAAGGCCACCCUCCUGGGCAGCAAGAAGGACUACUGGGAUUACUUCUGUGCCUGCCUGGCCAGGGUGAAAGGAGCCAAUGAUGGGAUCCGAUUUGUCAAGUCUAUUUCAGAGCUCCGAACAUCCCUGGGAAAAGGAAGAGCAUUUAUUCGCUACUCUUUGGUGCACCAGAGGUUGGCAGACACCUUACAGCAGUGCUUCAUGAACACCAAAGUGACCAGUGACUGGUACUAUGCAAGAAGCCCCUUUCUGAAGCCACGGCUGAGCUCUGACAUUGUGGGCCAGCUCUACGAGCUGACCGACGUUCAGUUCGACCUGGCGUCGCGGGGCUAUGACCUGGAUGCUGCUUGGCCGACAUUCGCCAGGAGGACCCUGGCCCCUGGCUCCUCGGCCUACAUGUGGAAACCGCCCAGCAGAAGCUCCAGCAUGAGCAGCCUGGUGAGCAGCUACCUGCAGACCCAGGAAAUGGGCUCCAGCUUUGACCUGAACAGCCCCUUAAACAAUGAGGCUCUGGAGGGCUUUGACGAGAUGCGGGUGGAGCUGGAUCAGCUGGAGGUGCGGGAGAAGCAGCUGCAGGAGCGAAUGCAGCAGCUGGACAGAGAGAACCAGGAGCUGAAGGCCACCAUCAGCUUGCAGGGAGAGCAGCUGCAGGUAGAGAGGGAGAAGGGUCACGCUGCAGCUGAGGACAACGCUCGCCUCACUUGCAUGGUGGCCGAGCUCCAGAAGCAGUGGGAAGUCACUCAGGCCUCGCAGGACACCAUGAAGGAGCUGCAGAAGUGCCUGCAGGCCCUGGAGCUGGGUGCUGAGGAGAAGGAAGGGGGUUACCACGCAGCCGUACGGCAGCUGGAGUCCCUACUGCAGCCCCUGGUGCAGGAGCUCGAGGCCAUGCGGGACUCACUGGGCAGAAAGAACCAGCUUCCAGCCGGUGUCCCAAGUCCGCCUGGCACAGCGGAGCAGAAGACACAUGCGGCACUGGACACCAAGGGACAGCAGGAGCCCACGCCCGGCGACUUGGCCCUGGAGAUCCAGCAGCUGGGGCAGAAGCUUCGAGCCCUGGAAGGGGAGAGCACCAAGGUCCAGGAGCUCAACAGGCAGCAGAGUGCCCAGCUGGAGCAGCUGGCCAGGGAGUUGCAGCUGAAAGACGAGGCCCGGGCCGGCCUGGAACGCCUGCUGAGGGAGGUGGCCCCACUCCGGGAGGAGCUGUCCAAGAAGGGACAGGAGACAUCCCAGCUCCGGCGACGGCUGCAGGAGGCGCUGGCCCACUUGAGCUCCCUGGAGGAAGAGCUUGCCGAGGCGAGGCGGGGGGAACAGCAUCAGCGAGAGGAGAGGAAGCUGCUGGAGCAGGAAGCCAGGUCCCUGACACGGCAGCUGCAGCUGCUGGAGACCCAGCUGGCACAGGUGAGCCAGCAUGUGAGUGACCUGGAGGAGCAGAAGAAGCAGCUUGUCCAGGACAAAGACCACCUCAGCCAGAAGGUGGGGAUGCUGGAGCGCCUUGCUGGGCAGCCAGGCCCAGAUCUGCCCGUGGCAGCGGACAAGAGUGAGGCUCUGGGACCCCCGGGCUCCACCCGGCCACAGGCCCUCGAGAAGACGGAGGAGCAGGGAGGCCUGCAGGAGGGACCGAUGGACGAUACCGGGAUGCAGGCGAGCAGCCAGGAGGAGGUGCUCCAGCAGGCCAACUGGGAGCUGGAGAAGGAGCUACAGAGUGUGCGUGCGCGCAACCAGCUCCUGGAGGACAAGCUGCAGACCCUGCAGACUGACUACCAGGAGCUCCAGCAGCGGGAGGCCACCAUACAGGGCUCCCUGGCCUCUCUGGAGUCCGAGCAGGCCAGCAUCCGGCUCAUGGGUAACCAGAUGGAGGCAAGCCUCCUGGCUGUGAAGAAGGCCAAGGAGACCAUGAGGGCCCACAUGGCAGAGAAGGAGGCCGAGUGCCAGCAGCUGCGGGAGCAGCUAGAGCAGAGCCGGCAACUGGCAGAGGCCCGGGAAGGGGAGUGCAGGGCUCUGGAGAGCCAGUGCCCACAGCAGACCCAGCUGAUCGAGACCCUCACACCAGAAAAGGGCCACCAGGGGCUGGGCCCACCUCAAGAAAAUGCAUCCCAUGCGCUAGCUGCCCAGGAGGGCCAUCAGGGGGAGACCCAGCGACUGCAGGCUGAGGUGGUGGACCUCCGGGCCAUGCUCCAGGCAGCCCUGGGUGACCAGGAGAAGGUGCAGAACCAGCUGAGCGUGGCUGAGGCAGCUCUGCAGGAGCACAAGGCCCUUGUGCAGCAACUCAAGGAGCAGAACGAAGCCCUCAAUAGGGCGCAUGUGCAGGAGCUGCUGCAGUGCUCAGUGCGGGAAGGGACACUGCAGGACGAGAGUGCCCACGUGGCCCAGCUGAGGGUGGAGGAGCUCCAGGCCCUGCGGGAGGAGCUGUCCCACGCGAAAUGCAGCUCCCAGGAAGCCCAUCUGGAACAGGUUGAGCUGCAGGAGGAGCUGCACCGGGCCAACACGGACACAGCCGAGCUGGGCAUCCAGGUCUGCGUGCUGACCGCGGAGAAAGAGAGGAUGGAGGGCGCCUUGGCCUGCACCACCCGGGAGCUCCAGGAUGCCAAAGAGGUGGCCUCAAGGGAGCGAGAGGGCCUGGAACACCAAGUGGCAGAGCUGCAGCGAGAGAAGGAGAGCUUGCAGGAGAAGCUGAAGGGGGCCGAGGAGGCAGCCAGCUCACUGCCUGGCCUGCAGGCCCAGCUGGCCCAGGCCGAACAGCGGGCCCAGAGCCUCCAGGAGACUGCACACCAGGAGCUCGACACCCUCAAGUUCCAGCUGAGCACUGAGAUCAUGGACUACCAGAGCAAACUUAAGACUGCCAGUGAAGAGUGCAGGAGCCUCAGGGGUCAGCUUGAAGAGCAAAGCCGGCAGCUGCAGGCCGCCCAGGAGGCUGUGGGGAAGCUGGAGGCCGCCCGGGCAGAUACGGAAGAGAGGCUGAGCCGCACCAGCAGCCACCUCUCAGAGUACCGGGCCAUCGUGCUGAAGAAGGACGAGGAAGCGGCUGCCCUACGUGAAAACUUGGACAGGACCCAGCAGGAACUUGAAAAAGCCACGACAAAAAUCCAAGAGUAUUGCAACAAACUCUGCCAGGAGGUGACACACCGGGAGAAGAAUGACCAGAAACUGCUCGCUGACCUGGAUGACCUGAAUAGAACCAAGAAGUACCUGGAGGAACGGCUGAUAGAGCUGCUCAGGGAUAAGGAUGCUCUCUGGCAGAAGUCAGAUGCCCUGGAGUUCCAGCAGAAGCUCAGUGCUGAGGAGAGGUGGCUUGGGGACGCAGAGACCACUCACUGCUCUGACUGCAAGCGCGAGUUCAGCUGGAUGGUGCGGCGACACCACUGCAGGGUAUGUGGCCGCAUCUUCUGUUACUACUGCUGCAACAACUACGUCCUGACAAAGCACAGUGGCCGGAAGGAGCGCUGCUGCCGAGCCUGCUUCCAGAAGCUCAGUGAAGGCCCCAGCUCCCCCGACAGCACCAGCUCGGGCACCAGCCAGGGAGAGCCCAGCCCCACACCAUCACCAGCCCAAGCUGGGGCCCAGGCCCCUGCAGGCCAAGGCGCAAGCGCAGACUCCAGGCUGCCUGACGACGCCGUGUUCGACAUCAUCACUGAUGAGGAGCUGUGCCAGAUACAGGAGUCCGGCUCCUCCUUGCCCGAAACACCCACCGAAUCGGAUUCCCUUGACCCAAACGUGGCCGAACAGGACUCCACGUCAAACUCACUAACCCCCGAGGACACUGAGGACAUGCCCCUGGGGCAGGAUGCUGAAAUCUGCUUGCUGAAGUCCGGAGAGCUGAUGAUAAAAUUACCCCUCACGGUGGAAGAGAUUACCAACUUCGGGGAGGGCAACAGGGAGCUGUUUGUGAGGUCCGGUACCUAUAGCCUCAUCCCCAUCACCGUGGACGAGGCAGGCCUCACCAUCAGCUGGGUCUUCUCCUCUGACCCCAAGAGUAUCUCCUUCAGCGUGGUCUUCCGGGAGGCAGAGGACACACCGCUGGAGCAGUGUAAGGUUCUCAUUCCCACCACCCGAUGCAAUUCCCACAAGGAGAACAUCCAGGGCCAGCUCAAGGUGCGCACGCCAGGCAUCUACAUGCUCGUCUUCGACAACACCUUUUCCAGGUUUGUCUCCAAGAAAGUAUUUUAUCACUUGACAGUUGACCGGCCUGUGAUCUACGAUGGAAGUGAUUUCCCGUAGCUGCACGCACCUGGACUGGACUAGUUUCACUUUAUCCACAGGAAACACUACUCCCUCACCUGUCACAUAAAACACUAAAAAAAAAAAAAAAAAGGCAGCCGCUCUGAAGCUGAUCCACCAACUAUGCAACUUGGGCGACGGGCCCGUGGCCGCCCCUCACAGCUGCGUUGUCCGGGAGUGCUGUGCACGGGCACCCCCGAGGCUUCUAAGGGCUCAGGCAGCGUUUCCACCGGUUAGGGACCCCGCUGCUCUACACCCAAAGGGACGCUCUGCCAAAGGGCUGAACACUCAGGAGACCAUCGGCCUCUCCUAAGGGGCACAGUGGUUCCAAACCUCCUCUGAAGAGUUUCACAGGCUGGAGGUGAUGCCAACUGCUGUUCAUGGAGAGAGCUGCCCUGCUCUGCUCAGCCGGGGCCCAGGCAUCCUGGGUGAACAUGAGCCGGGAUGCCCUGGCCAGACCCUGAGGCCCUCGGGUCCUCCCAGGAAAAGGAGGCAUCAGGGACCUCGUGAGAUUCAGGGCGCCCCGGGGUCCCUCCCAAGGUCUCCACCAGCCUCUUCCCCUCAUGUUCCUGCCCAAGUUGGGGGACUGCUCCAGAAAUGGCACGUUCAGAGGGGCGUCUAACUGCACCUCCCUCCUGGCCCUUCUGCCCGGGCAGUUGUGUCGUCCAGCAGAGCCCUCCACUCAGCCAGGCCUCUCACCUGCACAGCAAAGCACCCUAAGCAGGGCUGUGCGUUGGUCUUAGGUCCCCCUCAUCUGCCGGCCGCCUUUGUUUAUAUAGGUAAGAGCUUCUGCCUCACCUGCAGAUAUGUUCACUAAUGAUCCAAAUCAGGGUAAGAACCACUUUCAAACAUGGGGGCCUGCUUAACAAGUCUUCGGUAACUCAAGUGCAAACACAUAACUCGUGAAUCUGCUCUUUGUUCACUUUCUGAGCCCUACUCCCCACCUGCCACGUUUCCCGGCACCCCAUUUGCCCACUUCCUGCUGCUCAGCCUGUACGUGACGCCCAGAAGCCAUUUCCUCUGAGGGCAGAUGGACCCUGUUUCCUUUUCCUGGACAAGGAGAUAACCGUCCUAUUCUCUGUGACCCUUUCUUCUCCCACCACAGACAGUUCACCUGUGGUGGCCUCUGUGUCUUUUUCACAGAGGCCAGCCGCCUGUAGCCAGGACCCUGGUGCGUCCACAGGUGAGCAGAGUGUCCGGUGAAGCGACCCACGUUGGCCCGGGAUGAGGGGGAGGGCCCCGGGCAGCGUGUCUGAGGCUCUGCGUGCUGGGCCCGGGCAGCCCUCCAGCUAGCCUGGCGACCCAGGCAAGUCACACCACCUCAGAACUUCCUUGGUCAUCCACAAACCUGUUCUGACUGGUUUGGAGAGCUUGAGAAUGGGUCAGGGACCCCAGGCUAAGUCCAGCACAGACCCCAUCCCCACUUUCACCAGCAGAGGACGCUAGGGGGCGGGAUAAGAGGGAAUGACUCCUGCAGUGGACUUAGACCUUUCGUUUAAACAGGAGACUUGAGCAAGGCCAGUCAAUUUAAGUGGAGCAUGGGGAUUGGUGAACAGAACCUUCCAGAGAAAAGCUGGGCCUCUUUUGCUCUCUCCUCGGAGCAGCCUCCUCUGGCAGAAAGCCAUCAGGGUCUCUAGCAUCUCCUUUGGGGCAAGGCCUUGAUGGUGCUCAGCGCCACAGCAGAAAUGGCCAGGCCCCCGGAGACUUCCUAGCCACCUGCUUUGUCCUCAGGCUUGCUACAGCCUGAGGGUUGGUCCAGAGCCAGCUAGCCUGCCUUUUAAUCCACCCAGCCCCUAGGAAAGGACCAGAAGGAGCUGGUUCAUCACAUGAAAGAAACGGACAGUUAAAAGAGAACCCAGAGCAGUCUGGGUUCUGGUUCUGAGCUCUCGGCGUUCCCAGGAUACUGUGGAGACUGGCCCAGCCAAUGGCCUGCUGGUGUCAUCACCACCAUCCGCAGCCAGAACCAGAAUCUAGUGAGUAGCUGAUGUUUCCAUCCAAGACCGGCUCUGAACCUCUGUCAUUCAGCCCAGUAGGCGACCUGCUGCAGCUCUAAAACCACUGGGCUCUUCAGCCGAGAGCCCCCCCCCCGCCAGGAGAGCAGGGGCCCCUUGUGGUGUGCGCCCCUCGCGCGCUGACUGCAGUUGACUGCUCCCCAGCGGUCACGUCCUGCCUCUAGCGUGUUUAUUAUUUGUGCUGGACGGACUCCUGUCCUUUGUUAGUUUGCUGUGCAGGCUCGAGUGUACCAUGCGCUCUGCAGCUAGAGAACAUCUUGGCCUAUUUGAGUGUGGCUUGUAUAAAUAGCUUUAUUAUUUUAAACAGGUUCCCAGCUUUACUGAGGUUUGGGGGUUGGCGUACUUUGAAAACAAUGCAAAUGACAAUGAAGUACAACUAUUGAAGCCCAGCCAAUAGACAGGAUUACACCAGAAAUCAAGAAGAAAACAUCCUUGAGAUCCCAGAUCACUAUUAAAAAAGUAAAAUCUAAAAACCCAGCAGCCCCUUGAUGGUCCAGCUCUCUGAAUAACACUUAUUUUUUAGUAUUGAUGCCAGCUGCCUUGUGCACCCCGGCCUCAGAAGCUGCUGAUCAAUCUCACCAAGUGGGCAGCCUCUUUCAGGGACACUCACCCACAGCAAGGCAGCACAUGUGGGAUCAAGUGGCCUCUACCGAGCACUGGCUGGAGCCCACUGGACUCCAGGUUGACAGAACUAAAGCAAAGAAAUUCUCAAGCAGGAAUCUAGAACCAAAAAACCCCACAGGGUUUGGAAAGUAGAAAUGAAAAGCCCCGUAAUGUAACUCGAAAAUCAAGGGGAUGGUUUUUCUGAACUUUUUCAGUUGUCACCACCUGAGGUGGCGAAGCCAUUGCAGAUCCCAUGUAAGGAAAUCCCCGCUUGGGGACGAAAUCUUAGAGCCUUGUCUUUCGAUACUGGUUAGAUGUCCACUGAUAAGAGUUUUACAGGAGUUUUAUUUGUAAAAGUUCACAUUGGUAACCACGUGAGGCGGCCAUCCUUGACUCAGGUGUUGAGAAUUAAAGCAGAGAGAAGCCAUUUGUGGUGCUUAGAGCCAAGAGUCGCCCUGCAGAGACAAGUCAGCCAGCUGUCCACGCUGGCAAAACACCCAAAAGACACUUUCUGGUGGAACUUUGGCUAAGUUUUUCUCAUUUCGUUGUGAUUCUACCAAGAAAACAGCAACAACUAAAUUAGUAAUAACUUUUCCCUCUUGAGCACUUUUUUAAAAUAAUGAAGUAUAUCUUUAAGUUUAGGGAGGCUUCCGUAGAACCUUACGACGAGCGUUAUCCAGAGACGCUCCUGCCUCUGGUGGCUGCAGAGUACACCGGCCUCAGUUGGACGCCCUCCAAUCAGAAUUGCACUGUAACUGACUAUUCUCACAGCCUUAUGGGAUAGUGGGUCUGGGAGCCCAGUUCAUUCUUAUCUGCCAAAGAAUUACCCAGAAGCACAUCAAAUGCCAACACCCCACCUGCACAGUGGGGAUGAGAAACGUUUGUAUCCCAGAACAUAUUCCUUUAUAGCAUCUGCUGCACCAUUUGGAAAUAUUCUUAACCUCAGGAUUUAAAUAAACACUGACAUUGAGAGUA